CAAUGGUUGUUUGAUGUUAUGGGGUAAAAGCGUGAUCUCUAUCCCGAGGGUGGGGGAUAGGCGAGUAGCACUUUUAAUAUGAAUAUUAGGCGAGAUAAGAUAGGUCUGGAAAAGUAUCUGGAUAAUUUUGAGUCUACUACACACACACACACACACACACACACACACACACAUAUAUAUAUAUAUAUAUGGUGCCUUCUACGAUACACCGGGUGAAAUCCGGGGUACCGCAUACCUUGAGUAUAAAAACGCUAUCUAGACCUCGAAUUAGAAGUAUUUUUGGGCAUGAUACUAUACUCCAACGCUUAAUGAGUGAACCCUAGGUCCUAAUUAUCUAAAUCAUAAAAUAUAAACCCUAAGAUGGUGCAUUAAUUUUUGGCCUAUAUUUGGACGAAUCAUAACCGUCGAUUAUUUUUUCUAAUUAAAUUGAUCUUGGGGUAUAAGAUUUAGAGAAUUAAGACCUAGAUGUUGAUCUUUAAGGGUUAGAGUAUAGUAUCAUGUCCGAAAGAUCAGUCAAUUCAAGUUCUGGAUAGCGUUUUCUUACCCAAGGUAUGCGGUAUCCCGGAUUUCACCCUGGGUACCGUAGAACUCCCCAUAUAUAUAUAUAUAUAUACAUACGAAUGCGAACUAUAUAUAAUAUCAAAAUAAAAUUAAAUGGAGAUAUGGGGUAAGAUAAAUGACGGGAGUGGGAUGUACUAAAAGGAGGUAGCAUCUGAGGUACCUUAAUUUGACAAUUAUACAAGAUUAAGUGGCGGAAGGAAGAGUUAAUUGGAGUGAAGUGAUUAUCUAAUAGUGCUUAUCUACAAAUAUAUAAUAGUGGACUUAGAAGCAGUUAUUCAGGAUUUUAAAUUUCCAGGCCAGAGAGCAAUUAUCAGAGACCCAAUUAUGUAAUUAUACAACCCAAUCAAAAAAAUAAAAAAAUAAUGAACAAUUGUUCAUCUUCCAAAUCACAAAACACAAAACUAAUCGACGCUAACCUCCACUCGACCUAGCGACGACCUGCUCGCCGGCUUGCAUCCCCAGUCACUCACACCGGCGGUGCAGCUCCUUCUUGGCGUUCUCCCGUCACUCUCCGGAUCUGUUCUCUAGUGGCCAGCGCCGACAACCAACCUCCACUCGACCUAGCGACGACCUGCUCGCCGGCUUGCAUCCCCAGUCACUCACACCGGCGGUGCAGCUCCUCCUUGGCGUUCUCCCGUCACUCUCCGGAUCCGUUCUCUAGCAGCUAGCGCCGACAACCAAUUGGAACUAGGGGACGAACCUGCUCGCCAGCAUAUCAUCACCAGUCACUGACACCGGCUGCGGCGAAACGCAUCCUUAACGUUUUGCACGUCCCUCUCCGGAAUGUUCUACCUAGCGACAAGUGCUGCCAACCAAUUGGAAAUAGAGGACUAACCUUCUCGCCGGAUUGCAUCCCCAGUCACUCACACCGGCAGUGCUCCUCCUCCUUUGCUUUCUCCCCGUCACUCUCCGAUUCUGUGCACUGCAACUCUCCUGAUUGAAAAUCCCCCUCCUACCCACCUUCUCUCUACAUCUGGUUCAAUAUAUAGACUAUGCUUGACGUAGCUUCCAGCAUCGGGGAGUCAUCUUCUUCGCAUAUUGAAGAUUACUUGGAUCGAAGCAAUGUACCGUGUAAGAUUUCUCCUUCUACGUAACUAGCCGAGUUCGAUUACAAAGUAAAAGGCCUUGCAUUAUUGUUAAUUUUACAUCUUCCACGACUACCUACAGGACAACAAUCUUUGAUUCCUUUCAAUUUAUGGGAAACUUUAUAUGUUUCAAACAUGUUGCAAUAGUUAGGGGAACAGAGGAACCCAAGUGAUAAACCAAGCAGUGAUUAUAGAUAUGAAAAAAGAGUUAUAAACUGAACACAGGAGUAGAUAGAGCAUGUACUUCUGGCUGGGUGAGGCGACAGUGAUGAGAUGCCAACAGGCAUAUGACCAUGCCAAGAAACACAUUUGUGGGGUUUUGAGAAAGCAAGUGUACAUGCAUAAGUUGCUAGAACAAAUCCCUCUACUGCAGCGUUUCCCAAACCUUGAUCCGUAUAUGUGAAAUCCACCAGCUAAUUGUGCUACUUAUCUCUUGCAGGGAAGGGUCGUGCCAUUUUCUUACCACCUGAAACUGCUCCCCCCGCCCCAAAGGACCCCAGGGUAUUUGAAGCAGGUAAGUUCGUAUUCUUUAUAGUGAUCGUAUUAUUAUUCUUACCUUAUUGUAACAUCAUUGGAAGAGUGGUUCUUAUUCGCGUGCAGAGUUAGAGGCAAUGCAGGCUGAGCUGGAAAAACUCACCUCCAACUUUGUUAGGGUUGCGCGACAGCGACGACGUGUUAUACUUACAACUAAGCGAUCCCGUACUGCCACACAUAUGGGAGACACAUGUAAGUGAAUAUAUUUGUUUCAUAGUCGUUUUUCACCGCUACCUAUAAUUAAUUCAUAUAAUUUGUCACUCCUAAUAGAAUAAUUAUUUAUACUAAAUAAAUAUCAAUUACAAAUUUCAGUUACAUCUCUACAAACCCAGUUCACAAAGGUUAAUGCUGCACGCAAUAGAAUGUCGAGGCGCAUUCAUCUCUACAAGAAACGACAGGGGCAAAAUUACUUCAGGGACCAAUCUGGUAUGCAUAUUACUCUUUUUACUUUAUAUAUUGGACAAGCAUAGUCUAUCCAGCAUGGCUAAACAUCUUACUGUGCAUUCAUUAUGGCAUUCGGGUCCGAAGUUAUUGUUGAAAAUUCGAUUCAAAUGUCAAAAUCAGUUUUCCAACCAAUUCCCCUUUAUCAUUUUCUGCAUUUUUUGGUCAGCCUAAUAACAUAACUACAAUCUUUGUCAAGCACGUGAGGUAAAAUAAAUAUAAUGAUUAGUUAAUUGUUCUUCAUGUAGGAUAUCCAUCUGUUGAGGUCUUUACAGUGGGUGCACCAUCAUGUGUGUGUUCUUUUUGUGGGGCUAGCAUGUGGUAUUUGGAGAGUGUAAGCUCUACACGAUCUGUGGCACAUUUGUUGUUUUCAUUGUGCUGCAAACAAGGAAAGGUUAGACUGCCACGUCGCAGGGACCCCCCGGAAUUUCUGAAAACUUUGCUUGAAGGGAGUACUGCAAUCGCCCGACAUUUUCGUCAAUUUAUUCGCGGAUAUAAUGGAAUUUUCUGCUUCACCUCGCUUGGUGGCAAGGUGGAUCAUUCUAUAAACAAUGGAGUUGGUGUCUAUGUUUACUCUAUUGGUGGACAAAUAUAUCAUCGCAUUGGCAGUUUACUUCCUCCUGAAGGUACAUCCCCCAAGUUCGCACAACUCUAUAUCUAUGACACAAUGAACGAGACAAGAAACCGAUUGGAUUUCUAUAAUCAAGAUAGAGAGGCGAAUCCUUUACGUCAGUCUGUUGUCGAUGGAUUGCAGGCGAUGUUAGAUGAGAAUAAUAUUUUGGUUCAAACGUUCUGCACUGCAAGAGAUAGAUUAAACGAAGGGGCAAUCCAACAAGCUCAUAUAAGAUUGCUUGCACGCCGAGCAGGUGUCGGACGAGAGUACGAGUUACCAACAUCAGAUGAAAUUGCUGCCUUAAUUGUCGAAGAAGCCGGAGAAGAAAUGUUUGGGCAUGAUAUUAUUGUUCAACAUCGUACGUUGGAAAUGGAGCAAAUUUCAAUGUACCAUCCGAGCUUGAUGCCUUUGCAGUACCCUAUUUUGUUCCCAUAUGGGGAGGAUGGGUGGCAUCCAGAGUUAUUCUACUAUGAUGGUCAAUUUAUGGAAGGAGAUGAUGACAAUGGUAUAGGCCAACGAAAUAUGAGCCAAUGUGAUUAUUAUAGCUAUGUACUUCAGACGCGAUUGGAGCAGUCAAAUUCAUUUAUGUUAGCUGGAAAACUGUUGCAGCAGUAUAUGGUAAAUGCUUACGCGUUGGUUGAAGCAGAACGACUCGCUUGGAUUCGCAAUAAUCAGGCAACAUUACGUGCUCAUUAUUUUCAAGGAUUGUUGGAUUCAUUUAUGAGAGGCGACACAGACUUGGAAUUGUCUGGAAAACAUGUUAUUUUAGCUGCAUCGCAUACAGGUAGCCCGCGCUACAAGUAUGAGAAUUUUCAAGAUGCAAUGGCAAUCUGUCGUUCCCUAGGCUAUCCAGAUUUGUUUAUAACAUUUACAUGCAACGCCAAUUGGCCUGAAAUUCAAUUAAUGAGUGAUCUGUUGGCCCUGCGGGGCAUAAAAGAUCCAAAUCGUGCUGAUGCUAUUGCUCGGGUGUACAAGAUGAAGUUAAAUCAGUUGAUGUAUGAAAUCAAGGAUCGGCAUAUUUUUGGGAAGACAUGUGCACGUAGGUUUUAUCUCUUUCUCCAUGCAAUUCAUCAUUGAAAUAAUUAGAGUAUGGUUUAUGGUGUUUUAAUUUAUUGUUCUUUGUUUGAUGUCUUUUUUUUAUUUGUGUUUUCUCUAAUAUGGUUAAUUUAUUGCUGAUUUGUUGUUCAAGAACUUGAUAGGAGCUUUUAGGCUCUUCGCAUAACCUUUGGGUGUCUGUUUAUCACCUCCAUAAGGUCCCAACGGGAAAUUAGGGGGAAACUGUAGAACAAAAGGUCUCUUCUAUGCUAUCUAGCGUGUUUCACAGUCAAAGUACAGUUGGGAAUACAUGUUUACAAAAGGGCCCCAUCAUCGUUCCUUAAAUAAUUGUAUGAUACUAAUAGUUUUUUUUUAACAGUUAUGAUACUUCAUGUUUAUGCCUCUUUGCUAAUGGUGUUUACCUUUUUCAUCAACAGAUGUGAGGGCUCUGGAAUUCCAUAAACGAGGCCUCCCCCAUUCCCAUAUUCUGGUUUUCUUAGCAGCUGAAGACAAAUUGUGUGGAACCACAGACAUUGAUUCAAUCAUCUCAGCUGAAAUUCAUGAUCCUGCUAUUGAUCCAGAAGGAUAUGAGGUUGUCUGUAAUUUUAUGUUACAUGGACCUUGUGGAGCUGCUGGACCCAAGUCGCCUUGCAUGAAAAAUGGAGAAUGCUCUAAGCACUUUCCUAAACAAUAAUGCAGUCAGACAACUAUAGAUGAGAAUGGGUUUGCAAAAUAUCGGCGACGUAAUAAUAACAGAUUUGUAAACGUCAAAGGUGUGGCUUUGGAUAAUCGAUUCGUGGUUCCGUACAAUCGAUAUCUACUAUUGCGGUUCCAAGCUCACAUAAAUGUGGAAUUUUGCAAUAAGUCAAGGUAUUUUUUCGUCCUUUUUAAUUACUGUUAGUUUCAAUCUUCACUACACAGGUUUUUUUGUUGGGACAACCCAUAAGAAAAUGUUAGUUUUGUUUUAUUUCUAUUUGAAAUAUACUUAGUGUAGGAUUAGAACUGAACGUAUUAGAGUACCAAUAAAAAACCAAUAAUAGCCACGUUAUUACAUUGACAAGGUGAUGCUUAAAUGAAAGGAAAGUUCUUAUUUGAACAUGUUGUGUGGUUUUGACAGUGAUUAUUUAUUCAGCAGUAUCCUUUUUCCAAUCAGUGUGAUUAGCAUUUGUGAUUAACCAAGUAAUGUACAUUUCUCAGGGCCAUUAAAUACCUGUUCAAGUAUAUUAACAAACCUGAGGAUCGAGCAAUGGCGACGGUACAUGCAAAUCAAGCGACAUGUGAUCA